CUCGAGCGAAGCCUGUCUCUUUAAGAGCCAGUCCUUGGGCAGGUUGGCUUGUUGAGUGGGGAGGUGGAACCGUGUCUGCUUCUACAAACAAGCAUUUCUAUCAACAAAACGUGCCUCACUAGCAGACUGAUCUUGAGGGUGUGCAUAUAUACGAGACUGGAUAGUGAAGUCGUGCUCGAUUUUCUUUUACAUUACUUCCUAAUGGUGUGUGUGUGUGUGAUAUGUGAGUCCUGUUUCAUCAGCACCUGAGGUUUGCAACACUCUGCUGGAGGGGCGGCCAACAGCUCAGGUGUGUUUUUUCAAUUGUCAACACCAUGAAACUCACUGUAGUUCUGCUGCUCUGUGGCUGUGGGGUGCUAUUUAAACACAACUGUGAAGCCCAAGCAGAAACAUCUCCAACACCCUCGGUCAGUAACUGCACGUGUGAACUGGGUCAUGGAAAAUGUGCUGAAAACGGUGAUUGCAGGUGUGAUCCGGGAUGGGGUGGACCGCGUUGUGAUGACUGCGUGCGAAUGCCUGGAUGUGUGCAUGGCUCCUGCCAUCAGCCCUGGCAGUGCACCUGCGUGGACGGGUGGGCGGGCCGAUUCUGUGACAAAGAUAUUUUGGUGUGCUCCCGAGAGCAGCCGUGUCAGAAUGGGGCUACUUGUGUCUUGAAUGGCUCUGGGGAUUACAGCUGCUUAUGUCCCGAAGGCUUUCAUGGACGGGACUGUGAACUGAAAACAGGGCCUUGCCAAAAGACUAAGUCCCCCUGCAAGAACGGCGGCCUCUGUGAGGAUCUGGGUGGUUACGCUCCAGAACUGUCUUGUCGAUGCCUGGCUGGCUUCACAGGGCCCCGCUGCGAGACCAACAUGGACGACUGCCUGAUGCGCCCCUGUGCCAACGGCGCCACCUGUUUGGAUGCCGUGAACCGUUUUUCCUGCCUGUGCCCUGCGGGUUUCACCGGCCGUUUCUGCACCAUCAACCUGGACGACUGCGCCAGCCAGCCCUGCCUCAACGGAGGACGCUGUAUAGACCGAGUCUCCACCUUCCAGUGCUUCUGCUCUCCAGGGUUCACUGGAAGAACUUGUGAGACCCCCGUCUGGGAGUCAGGACCUCAAGCCGUGUCUCCGUUCAGGGGCGAAGGAGACCGAGUUACUCAAGUCUAUCGCUCCUACUGGACCACUCCACACUCGUUCAAAAUCUCAGUGGUGACUCAGCAUGGUGCAGAAGGGCUGUCAGAGCUGCAGCUCAUCAUCCUGCUGGUGUUGGGGGGCUUGACUUUGGCUGUGGUGGCGCUAACGGCUGGUCUGGUGCUGCGCGGACAUUGCCAGGAUCGAUCGGCUCGCUGUCGGUGCAGGCCGGCUCCCGCUCACCAUCGCCCCUUCCACCGAUGCCGGACGAACUCUGUGCCUGCGCAACAGGAAUGCAAGAUCAGCUUCCUCCAGCCUUCGACUCCAGCUGAGCUCGAGAAGAAGAGGCUGAACACCCACAUCAUUUAGCCCCAGAGAUCACGCAGAUGCUCUUGUUGAAGUAAAAGGCCACUUCUGACCUCUCAAAACAUAAGACAGUACUCAUGAAUCUGAGAGUUGGUCGCUGAAAACAGGUGGUCAUUAUUCAGAGUGAUUAUUUUAAUCAGAGAUGCCACAAGUGAGGCAUGUACUGCUGAGGGAACAUUAGGCCAGUUAGAGUCGACAUGAAAUCAAUAGUGUUCAUACCUGGUCUUGGAAUAUGAUUCCAAAGAUAAGAAAGACUUGUGUAAUAUUUCAUCAAAAAUGUAAAAACUUGCUCUGCCACUGAAAAACAUUUUGGCUGAUCUCACCAAGCAAUAUUUUUCACAAAAACCCCUGAACCGCAGAGAUUCUAUUUCCUUUCCCCACUUUUUUACGUUUUAUUCGAAAAAGGCAACACUUGUUAGCAUGCUAGCUAAAAGUUAUCAUGUAACACCAUCCUCAGCCACCAGAUGGCGAGAAAAUGUUUACACAGAAAAAAAAAUACUUUAAAUAAGGUUAUUUAACAUAAACAAUGAACAAUUAUUUUAAAGCAUUUAUUAAUAUUACUGUUCAUUUCAACAUUAAAGUGAAUGAAUUCAAAAGUAUCUGUUAAUAUGAUCUAAUAGGCCUAAGCUGACCUUAACUAACAAUAAACUUGUAUUUUUAUAAACAUUAACAAAGAUUAAUCAGUAUUGUAAGAAAUGUAUCGCUCAUUAACUAAUGCUGACUUUCUGUAAAGUAAAAAAAAAAAAAAAGUACAGUUAAAAAGUUUAAUUUUAGAGGAAAUAGACUUUUUUCACCUUGGUUUUAAGGGCUUUCUUAAUUUUCAUAUAGAGAGCACUUUUUUAUAUCCAGUCAGUUAUGACACCUCACCUCUUCCUUGUUUUAAUAUACUGUAUAUCCUGUAAAUACAGUAUUGGGAACUACUGUAUUUGUUGAUAUGAUGUCUGUACUCAAAGAGUAAACCGUAGCACUGAUCCGCUGCAUGUAACAUAAAGGGAAGCACUAAACCCCACAAAUACAUCAAAACUUCAGUCGUGUGUUACAUUAGUACUGUAUGUGUAUAAUCAAGCCUCGUUGCUAAAGUGCUUUUCAUUUCAGGUGUUUGUGUAAGUGUUCAAAAUGUAAAAUAUUUCAUUGUUAGUGAGUAUAAGCCAUGUAUGUUUGACUCCUUGAAUAUUUGUUUUAUAAAAGUUUUUUAAAUGAUCAUGUAACGUUACAUUGUAGAGCUGCUCUUUUAAGCAGGUUAGUAAUAUAAAUUCUUAGCAGCAGUAUUCUCAAGUGUAAAUAUUAUUUAUGUAAUUUAUUGGUGAAAUGUACAUUUGUUUUGUAUUGUUGUGUAUUUUUAUACAGAUCUGUAUGUAUUAAAGUUUUGAACUGUGUAA